CUCUCCCAUAUCUAAAGCAAAACACACACUCCCGAGUUUUCUGAGAACAGUGACGAAAGGGGUGUUAUUAGAGCUUUGAACAUUCAGAAGCAAAAGGUUUAUACAUACGGAAUCAGCAAAGGUUUUUUCCAACUGUUUAGCAUGGCAACAACUACUGGACUUGAGUCUCUUGUGGAUCAGAUCAUUUCGGUUAUUACAAACGAUGGUCGCAACAUUGUGGGAGUUCUCAAAGGUUUUGACCAGGCUACUAAUAUAAUUCUAGAUGAAUCUCAUGAACGCGUCUUUUCCACUAAGGAAGGAGUACAACAACAUGUGUUGGGUUUGUACAUUAUCAGAGGCGACAACAUAGGUGUUAUUGGAGAGGUGGACGAAGAGCUCGAUGCUAGUCUGGACUUUUCGAAACUGAGAGCUCAUCCUUUGAAACCCGUCGUGCAUUGA